UUUUAUCAUUAAAAUCAACUUAUUCAAUCAUUUCCUUAAUAACAGUAGGUGAAUUGUUAUAUCACAAUAAACUCCUAUCUACACUAACCACAUUAUCCAGAACGGCUCUUCCACCACCACACACCACCACAAACCAAACCACUGCAAUAACAACAACAGCUUCACAAGUUCCCCAACUCCACAAAAGUCACCAAAACAAACUACGAAGACAGAACGAGAUAGAGAACGUAACUUCUUCUACGGAUAACAAUGCUCUUACGUGGCAACAUAUCUCCUCCUCUCUCACUCUCUCUACAACUCAACCUCACAACACGAACCCACCCUCGAAACUUCACCCUUUCAUCCCGAUCAAGCCUAGACUACCCACUAUCAAUAUCCGACGAGGCACUCGAGUCUCGAGGUUUCAUUCUACGGCGAACCGCAGAGGGGCUAAACCUGGAAGCGCUGAACAAAGUAUUCGUAGCGGUGGGGUUUCCGAGACGUGACCCGGAGAAGAUACGAGUGGCGCUUGAGCACACGGACUCGAUGGUGUGGGUGGAGCAGAGAAAGUCGCAGAAAGCAGUUGCGUUUGCGAGAGCUACUGGGGAUGGUGUUUUCAAUGCGAUAAUUUGGGAUGUUGUUGUUGAUCCUUCAUUUCAAGGGAUUGGGCUUGGGAAAGCGGUUGUGGAGAGGCUGAUUGAGGACCUUGUGGUGAGAGGAAUUUCGAAUAUUGCUUUAUAUUCUGAGCCUCGUGUUCUUGGGUUUUAUCGGCCUUUGGGGUUUGUUUCUGAUCCCGAUGGGAUUAGAGGAAUGGUUUACUCUAGAAAACAAAAAAGAAAAUAGUUGGACUUUUCUUUGUAUUUUGAUCAUGUAUUUUAUAAUUUAUUGAUCGAUUAAAUGCUAAAUUAUAGCUAUGUAUUUUAAGAGUAAUUACAUAUUUUUAGCUUGUGUUUUUAUGACAAAAAGCUUGUGUGA